AUACGUUUAAUUAGUUCCGUUCUCGCAUAUUCCAUAAACAUGUUUACAUGCUCUAAUUAAGACUCAAUCACGACAACAAUGUAACGAAAUAGAAACAUGUAUAAAGAUAUCAUGUCACACAACAAAAUCAGUAAAGAAAAUCUAUUUCCCCAAAAUAUUAUAACUUUUUCUAAUACAUAAAUUAGAUGGGAGAUUCCCAAAACUCUGGUGGAUACAAUUACUUCUUCGGAGAAGCUGAUGAAAUCACAAGGAAAAUCGAGGAAUAUCAAAGAGAACGUGGUAGAGUCGAUGAUUCUCCAGUGCAUGUAUUAGACAAUUCUCCGAUGAUUAAUUAUCAUCAUCAAAACCAACCUACAAUGUCUAUCCAUUAUUAUAAUCCCAAUUCAUCGGAACAUUAUACUUCACAAGACAUUUCUCGUUCUGGAUAUCAUCAUCGUCAGUUUCAAAACCAGCCAAACACUCGCCAUAGGCUAUGCCUGAAAUGUUUGAUAUCGUGGCUAAUGUUGAUGCUAAGGCGGUUGUUUGUACCAACACCAAUCGUACCAAGACCAAUACCCACACCGAUGCCUUAUAACGAUUCUCCACAUUCAUACUCAGGACUCUCAUAUGGUAUAUGUCUUCAUUAUGUAACAUGAUCAAUAGUAUCGUCUUUAUAUAGUAAGUAGAGACUAUUUGAUCAGUUAGUCAAUCAUGGUAUAUAUAGACUACUGAAUCAAAACCCGGUUAAUUCUCUCACCGGUUAAUUAACCUUUAAUAUACGUUUGCAGAACGCUUUGAAGAUCAACCAAACCAAGAUUCACUCGAUGUAAGGAUAUCCAAAACAAUCAUAAUCUUUUUCAAAUAUCAUUUUCUCGCCUGAAAAUUUAAUAUGAACUCUCACCGUUAUGCCAAGACAGAAACUGGUCCAAUAUUUAUAUAUAAUUCUUACUGUAUCACAGGAAAUAAUCGAGCGGAUACAAGAGCGUGAAAGAGUAAACAUAGGUGUAGGUGAAGGAUUAACAGACAGACAAAUUUCUCAAUUACCUACCAUCAAGUUUAAACCCUCUCUAGAAGAUAAAAAGUAUAUUACUAUCUUUAUAUAUAUAUAUAUAUCCCUUCCUUCUUUCUUAUUUCCCUUAUUCAUAAAUAUUUUUCUGAUUUUAAAAUUACAAAGGAUAGUGUUCUUAUAAUUUCAUCCACAUUAAAUCUUAUAAUUUUUUUAAAAAUGCUUUUCCAUUUUAAAAUUAGUUGAAAGAAAAAAAAAACAUACAUGACGUAAAAAAAAAUAGAUAAGACCAGUGAAUAACAUAUACAAUAUACAUAAAUGCUUAAAAAAUUUAAUAACAAUAUGAGGGGGAAACAGGUGUAUGAUAUGCCAGUCAGAUUACGCUCGUGGAGAUAAAAUGACUAUUUUACCAUGUACUCACAAAUACCACAAAGAUUGCAUUAGUCAUUGGCUCCAAAACAGCAAGGUUAGUACCGCCUUUUCUCGUUUUUCUUCUUCUAUUACUGACAUGAUCAAGAUAUGCUAAAUAGAUUAUUAUUAUUAUUGGAUGAAAACAUGUUGGUUUUUCAAGUUCUUACAUUUAUUAUAGAAAAAGAAAGCAAAUAAAUUUAAUAUGAAGACAUAUGAUUGAACAAAGCUAUUGUUUGGUAAAUAUCAGCUGUCUUUUUACCACCCAAAGCUAUAUGUAUACCAUAUCAAUAUUUCAUCAGUAAUUUUGUGAAAGGUUUUUCUUUAGUUGCUAUAUAAAUUUUAAUGAUACUAACACUAUCCCCAAUUUAUCUCCCUUACUCCUUUCAGCUUUGCUGCGUUUGCCAAAGAGAAGUGAUUGUACAACAUUAGCUUUGAUCAACAGAUGAAUAAGCAAAAUAUUGACAUUAUGUUAGUUACUCGAUUUUAUAGAAACAUUCAAACGUUUUUCAGAUUUAAUCAAACAAAUUUGUAAAAAAAAAAAAAAAAAAGCUAAAAUAAUGAAAAGAAGAGUAUAUACUAAAUAUUAUCGUUUGAUAUUUUAUCUGGAUUAUUCAAAUGACGGGAUCAGUUAAUGAAAAUAUGGUCGUAAGAUUAGUUUUCAUAUCGAU